AUGAAUAAUUUACAAAAAAUUCGUAAAGAGAUUGAAGAGCAAGAAAAAGAGCUUCUUAAAUUAGAAAAUUUAAGGACACAAGCAACAAAAGAAUUAACACGAGUACAAUUGAGUAUUGAAAAUUGUGAAAAUUGGAUUAAUAAUAAAUAUAAAGAAUUGUUAAAUGAAGAAAACAAAGAGUACGGUGAAGUAUCUUCAAUGUCAUAUCAAUAUGAAGGAGAACAUGAAACAGUAAGGCGAAGAGAUAGAAAAAAAUUAAUACAGAAUGAAAUUGAAAAAUUAAAAAUAAAAAGGACGCGACGGUAUGAAUUUUUAAAAGUAUUGAGACCAUUACUUAGUGGAUUUACACCAUUAGAACAAAAAAUAUAUAGUGAAAUUGAAAACCUUACUCAGGAAAUAGAAGGGCACUUUGAAAGAAUUGCAAGAUUAAAAUCAGAUUUUGAUAGGUUACAAAUACAGCCAACAUGGCAAAAUAUGAUUUUGGGAAAUCUUCAAAAAUUAAAUCUUAGAAAAACAAAAACGACAUGGAAGCGACCAAAAAUCGAAGGAAUAUGGAAUCAGCCUAAGGUAAUGGGUGAUGAAGGAAUUGAUAUAUUUGGAAUAAAUAAAGAAGGGAGUGUAGUGGUUAUUGAAUGUAAAGGAUAUGUAUUAAAUAAAUCAUUAUUAGAAGCAAGGAAUGUGUAUAAAGUAAAGGAGGCAGCGUUAAGAUUAAAAGCAAUACCAAUAAUAAUUAUUACAGAUAUAAUUAAACAUGUACCAUCAGGUAUAAUAGAUUUAUGUAAACAAGAAAAUGUAUAUUUAUUUGAUUUAAAUAAUAUCCAUGAAAUACGUGAUAUAAAAAUGAAGAAACAAAAAAUAAAACUUACUACUGAAAUAAUUAUUAAGGGAAUACAUUUUAAUAAUAAAAAAAUUAAUAUUGAAAAUAAAAAUAUAGAAUUAUUAAUAUACAACGUCUACAUCGAUAAUAAAUAAGUCCCUCGUUGCAUCUAUUGGGGUUAGAGUUAGAUUAGAAUUAGUACUAGGUUAGGAUUAAGGUAUAUUAAGAUAGGUAUAUUAAGAUUAGGAUUAAUGUUAGUAUUAGGGUUAGGAUUUGCUUGGGUUAGAAAUUAGGAAGAUUUAAAGUAACUUU